GAGAGGAAGUGGGAGCCAUCUGAGACCCUGAGGUUGUCACUAACAGAGUAGUUCUCAACUUGUGAGUACCAACCUUUUCACAGAGGUCGCCUAAGACCGUGGAAAAACACAGAUAUUUACAUUAGGAUUCGUAACAGCAGCAAAAUUACAGUUAUGAAGUUGCAACACAGAUAAUUUUAUGGUUGGGGGGUUCGCCGUAACACGAGGGACUGUAUCAAGAGACUGCAGCAUUGGGGAGGUUGAGAACCAGCACCCCACAGCUGCAGAGCCAGCCUUCAGAAGAUGCACAGCCCACACCCAGAGGAGGUCAGGCUUGAGGUGAGUCACCCAGCAAGUCACAGCCAGUGCUGACGCCUGCCCAAGCAUCCGGCCAUCUCUUCUGGCCUCUGUGUGCGCUUGGCUCUGCCUUUUUCUGGGCCUGUCACCGAGAUGACCCGUGCUCUGAGCCUCAGGCCCCGUUUCCUUUAGUUGAGAUGGGAAGGACGGGAAGGACGGGAAGGAUGGGUGCUUUUUCCUCUGGCCAUCUGGGCCUGCAGGACUGGAGGACGUCAGGGCCGGCUGGGAGGAAAUGGUUAAAGGACGGGAGGUGGCUGGCGCUGGUCCCCCUGCCAGCAGCAAGGAGGGAGAGGGCUUCUCAAAAGCUAUAAAAAGGCCUCGCAGUGUUGAGCCCCAGUGGCUGGAAGCCUGCCAGGGUUACCAUGGCGAUGAGGAAUUAGUCCCGACUGCCAAGGCUGCUAGCAGCUCGGUACUUCUGGCUCUGGAACAAGAGUGGACUUAUGUAAUUCCGUGUUUAUAGGCCUGGGUGGCGGACGCAGAGCUGGGCCUGAGUCUAGGUGGCGGCCCACAGUGGGUCAUACCACCCCGCAGGGUAUCCCUGACACGCCUCCGGUGCCCUGAUUUUUGGGGGACAUUAGGACAGAAGCCUGGGGCCUGGCAGGCUGCUGGUCCCCACCAGGGCCUCCCCAGCCGGGGUGGGAGCCCAAGUCUCGCGGGAAGGGGUGCGGCUGUGCUGUGUGGGGCCGCCCCUUGCCCGCUUGGUCUGGAGGGAGGAUGGCCCUGUCGCUGGCCAAGGGCUGGCCCCUAGACGCCUGUGGGUCGGGCCUCGGAAACGGGGCAUGCUGACCUGGGCUGGCACACUGCCGGCCCUCGCUUGCCGCGUGGGACAGUUCCUGCAAGUUGUGUGGAGCCCACUCAGGCUGUUGCUGGUCAUGCUCUGGUACCUGUGACGAGGUCACCGGCCAGCAGAUGACCGAGACCAGCCCCUAGUCCUAGGUGUGGUCAAGAGUGUAUUGGGUUCCAAAGCCUUCCUGGACCCUACCACCAUGUCAGGAUCCACACAGCCUGUGGCACAGACAUGGCGGGCUGCUGAGCCCCGCUACCCACCCCAUGGCAUCUCCUACCCGGUGCAGAUAGCCCGGCCCCACACGGACGUGGGGCUGCUUGAGUACCAACACCACCCUCGUGACUACACCUCACACCUGUCACCCGGCUCCAUUAUCCAGCCACAGAGGAGGCGGCCCUCACUGCUAUCUGAGUUCCAGCCUGGAAGUGAACGGUCUCAGGAGCUCCACCUGCGCCCUGAGUCUCGCACCUUCCUGCCUGAACUGGGCAAGCCCGACAUAGAAUUCACAGAGAGCAAGCGCCCACGCCUGGAGCUACUACCUGAUACCCUGCUGCGCCCGGCACCCCUGCUGGCCACUGGGCAGCCAAGUGGGUCUGAAGAUCUUACCAAGGACCGCAGCCUGGCAGGCAAGCUGGAGCCCGUGUCACCUCCCAGCCCACCACACGCUGACCCUGAGCUAGAGCUGACGCCAUCUCGGCUGUCCAAGGAGGAGCUGAUCCAGAACAUGGACCGUGUGGACCGUGAGAUCACCAUGGUGGAGCAGCAGAUCUCCAAGCUGAAGAAGAAGCAGCAACAGUUGGAGGAGGAGGCCGCCAAGCCACCCGAGCCCGAGAAGCCGGUGUCGCCACCACCCAUAGAAUCAAAGCACCGCAGUCUGGUCCAGAUCAUCUACGACGAGAACCGGAAGAAAGCCGAAGCUGCACACCGCAUCCUGGAAGGGCUGGGGCCCCAGGUGGAGCUGCCUCUGUACAACCAGCCGUCCGACACACGCCAGUACCAUGAGAACAUCAAAAUAAACCAGGCGAUGCGGAAGAAGCUGAUCUUGUACUUCAAGCGGAGGAACCACGCACGCAAGCAGUGGGAGCAGCGCUUCUGCCAGCGCUAUGACCAGCUCAUGGAGGCAUGGGAGAAGAAGGUGGAGCGCAUUGAGAACAAUCCGCGGAGAAGGGCCAAGGAGAGCAAGGUGAGGGAGUACUACGAGAAACAGUUCCCGGAGAUCCGCAAGCAGCGGGAGCUGCAGGAGCGCAUGCAGAGCAGGGUGGGCCAGCGUGGCAGUGGGCUCUCCAUGUCGGCGGCACGCAGUGAGCAUGAGGUUUCUGAGAUCAUCGAUGGCUUGUCUGAGCAGGAGAACCUGGAGAAGCAGAUGCGCCAGCUGGCUGUGAUCCCGCCCAUGUUGUACGAUGCGGACCAGCAGAGGAUCAAGUUCAUCAACAUGAACGGACUCAUGGACGACCCCAUGAAGGUGUACAAAGACCGCCAGGUUACCAACAUGUGGAGUGAGCAGGAGAGGGACACCUUCCGCGAGAAGUUCAUGCAGCAUCCCAAGAACUUUGGCCUGAUCGCCUCAUUCCUGGAGAGAAAGACAGUAGCCGAGUGUGUCCUCUAUUACUACCUGACCAAGAAGAAUGAGAACUACAAGAGCUUGGUGAGGCGCAGCUAUCGGCGCCGUGGCAAGAGUCAGCAGCAGCAGCAGCAGCAACAGCAGCAGCAACAGCAGCAGCAGCAGCAGCAGAUGGCACGGAGCAGCCAGGAGGAGAAGGAGGAGAAGGAGAAGGAGAAGGAAGCCGACAAGGAGGAGGAGAAGCAGGAUGCGGAGAACGAGAAGGAAGAACUCAGCAAGGAGAAGACAGACGACACUUCUGGAGAGGACAACGAUGAGAAAGAGGCUGUGGCCUCCAAAGGCCGCAAAACUGCCAACAGCCAAGGCCGCCGCAAAGGCCGGAUCACACGCUCCAUGGCCAACGAGGCCAACCAUGAGGAGACGGCCACCCCGCAGCAAAGUUCAGAGCUAGCUUCCAUGGAGAUGAACGAGAGCUCUCGCUGGACUGAGGAAGAGAUGGAGACAGCAAAGAAAGGCCUCCUGGAACAUGGGAGGAACUGGUCAGCCAUCGCCCGCAUGGUGGGCUCCAAGACUGUGUCCCAGUGUAAGAACUUUUACUUCAACUACAAGAAGAGGCAGAACCUGGACGAAAUCCUUCAGCAGCACAAGCUAAAGAUGGAGAAGGAGAGGAAUGCCCGGAGGAAGAAAAAGAAGACCCCGGCUGCGGCAAGUGAGGAGACAGCCUUCCCACCUGCCGCUGAGGACGAAGAGAUGGAGGCGUCUGGUGCAAGUGCCAAUGAGGAAGAACUGGCGGAGGAGGCAGAAGCCUCACAGGCCUCCGGGAAUGAGGUUCCCAGAGUUGGAGAGUGCAGUGGCCCAGCUGCUGUCAACAACAGCUCUGAUACUGAGAGUGUCCCAUCCCCGCGCACGGAAGCCACCAAGGACGCUGGUCCUAAGCCUGCUAGCACUGAAGCAUUGCCCGCUGCCACCCAGCCACCUGUUCCUCCUCCAGAAGAACCCGCAACAGUCCCUGAUGAGCCCUGCCCAGCCCCUGAUGCCAGUGGCCCACCAUCCCCAGUGGCUUCCCCACCACCUGCCGCACCCCCGGCUGCUGUUGACAAGGAUGAACAAGACCAGGCUGCUACUGUUCCCCAGACCGAGGAUGCCAAGGAGCAGAAGUCUGAGGCCGAGGAGCUGGUGAUUGAUGUGGGAAAGACAGAGGAACCCGAGGCCCCUGAGGAGCCACCAGAGAGUGUAAAGAGUGAUCACAAGGAGGAGACUGAGGAGGAGCCUGAAGACAAAGCCAAGGGCCCAGAGGCCAUUGAGACUGUGUCCGAGGCGCCACUUAAGGUGGAGGAGGCUGGAAGCAAGGCAGCUGUGACCAAGGGUUCCAGCUCGGGUGCCACCCAGGACAGUGACUCCAGUGCCACCUGCAGUGCCGAUGAGGUGGAUGAGCCCGAGGGAGGUGACAAGGGCAGGCUGCUGUCACCAAGGCCCAGCCUCCUCACCCCAGCCGGAGAUCCCCGGGCCAGUACCUCGCCCCAGAAGCCGCUGGACCUGAAGCAGCUGAAGCAGCGAGCAGCAGCCAUCCCCCCUAUUCAGGUCACCAAGGUCCAUGAACCCCCCCGGGAGGACACAGUACCCCCAAAGCCAGCUCCCCCUGUGCCUCCACCCACGCAGCACCUACAGCCAGAGGGUGACGUGUCUCAGCAGUCGGGAGGAAGUCCACGUGGCAAGUGCCGCAGCCCGGUGCCUCCCGCCGAGAAAGAGGCAGAGAAAGCUUCAUUCUUUCCCGCCUUCCCAGCUGAGGGCCCGAAGCUUCCUACUGAGCCCCCACGCUGGACAUCGGGUCUGCCUUUUCCCAUUCCUCCUCGGGAAGUGAUCAAGACUUCCCCACACGCUGCAGACCCCUCUGCCUUCUCCUACACACCCCCUGGUCACCCUCUGCCUCUGGGCCUCCACGAUAGUGCCCGGCCGGUCCUGCCACGUCCCCCCAUCUCUAACCCCCCACCCCUCAUCUCCUCUGCCAAGCACCCUGGUGUACUUGAGAGGCAGCUGGGUACCAUCUCCCAGCAGGGAAUGUCAGUGCAGCUUCGCGUGCCCCACUCAGAGCAUGCCAAGGCCCCCAUGGGCCCUCUCACCAUGGGACUGCCUCUCGCUGUGGACCCUAAGAAGCUGGCCCCCUUCAGUGGAGUGAAGCAGGAGCAGUUGUCCCCUCGGGGUCAGGCUGGGCCACCUGAAAGUCUGGGAGUGCCUACUGCUCAGGAGACCUCUGUGCUAAGAGGGACAGCACUGGGCUCCACUGCCAGUGGAAGCAUCACCAAGGGCCUCCCCAGUACCCGGACUGCAGAUGGCCCCAGCUACCGAGGCUCUAUCACCCACGGCACGCCAGCAGACGUCCUCUACAAGGGUACCAUCAGCAGGAUCGUUGGUGAGGACAGCCCAAGUCGCCUUGAUCGGGCACGAGAGGAUACCCUGCCCAAGGGCCAUGUCAUCUAUGAGGGCAAGAAAGGCCAUGUCCUAUCCUAUGAAGGUGGUAUGUCGGUGUCACAGUGCUCCAAGGAGGAUGGGAGGAGCAGCUCAGGCCCACCCCACGAGACUGCCGCCCCUAAACGCACCUAUGACAUGAUGGAGGGCCGUGUGGGCAGGACCAUCACCUCAGCCAGCAUCGAGGGACUCAUGGGCCGUGCCAUCCCUGAGCAGCACAGCCCCCACCUCAAGGAGCAACAUCACAUCCGAGGCUCCAUCACGCAAGGCAUCCCGAGGUCAUAUGUGGAGGCCCAGGAGGACUACUUACGUAGGGAGGCCAAGCUCUUGAAGCGAGAAGGCACGCCACCGCCCCCACCGCCACCUCGGGACCUGACUGAGACCUACAAGACCCGGCCCCUCGACCCUCUGGGUCCCCUGAAGCUGAAGCCAACUCAUGAGGGUGUGGUAGCGACUGUGAAGGAGGCGGGCCGCUCUAUCCAUGAGAUCCCACGAGAGGAGCUGCGCCGCACGCCCGAGCUGCCCCUGGCACCACGGCCUCUGAAGGAGGGUUCCAUCACCCAGACAUACAGGGAGAACAGCAUCUGGCCAGCCACAUACAGACCUGGACCCUCUCCCCAGGGGACCCCACUCAAGUACGACUCCGGGGUGCCCUCCAGUGGCUCCAAGAAACACGACGUACGCUCCAUCAUCGGCAGCCCCGGCCGGCCUUUUCCUGCCCUGCACCCACUGGACAUAAUGGCUGAUGCCCGGGCACUAGAGCGCGCCUGCUAUGAAGAGAGUCUGAAGAGCCGGUCAGGGACCAGCAGUGGUGCAGGGGGCUCCAUCACACGCGGGGCCCCAGUUGUCGUGCCUGAGCUAGGCAAGCCCCGGCAAAGCCCACUGGCCUACGAGGACCACGGGGCACCCUUCACCAGCCACCUGCCCCGAGGCUCACCUGUGACUACCAGGGAGCCCACGCCACGCCUUCAGGAAGGCAGCCUCCUCUCCAGCAAGGCGUCCCAGGACCGGAAGCUGACCUCGACACCCCGGGAGAUUGCCAAGUCCCCACAUAGCACUGUGCCCGAGCACCACCCCCACCCCAUCUCCCCCUACGAGCACCUGCUCCGGGGUGUGACUGGUGUGGACCUGUACCGUGGCCACAUCCCAUUGGCCUUUGACCCCACCUCCAUACCCCGAGGGAUCCCUCUGGAAGCAGCAGCCGCAGCCUACUACCUGCCCCGGCACUUGGCCCCCAGCCCCACCUACCCACACCUGUACCCGCCUUACCUCAUCCGCGGCUACCCUGACACCGCGGCCCUGGAGAACCGCCAGACCAUCAUCAAUGACUACAUCACCUCGCAGCAGAUGCACCACAACGCAGCCUCUGCCAUGGCCCAGCGCGCCGAUAUGCUGAGGGGUCUGUCACCGAGAGAGUCCUCGCUGGCCCUCAAUUAUGCCGCUGGCCCGCGUGGCAUUAUCGACCUGUCCCAAGUGCCACACCUGCCCGUGCUGGUGCCGCCAACUCCAGGCACCCCUGCCACCGCCAUCGACCGCCUUGCCUACCUCCCCACUGCGCCCCCACCCUUCAGCAGCCGUCACAGCAGUUCACCACUGUCCCCAGGAGGCCCCACUCACCUAGCUAAACCAACUGCCACGUCAUCAUCGGAGCGGGAACGGGAACGAGAGCGAGAACGAGACAAGUCCAUCCUCACGUCCACCACUACAGUGGAGCAUGCACCCAUCUGGAGACCUGGUACGGAGCAGAGCAGCGGGGCUGGGGGCAGCAGCCGCCCCGCCUCCCACACCCACCAGCACUCGCCCAUCUCCCCCCGGACCCAGGACGCCUUGCAGCAGAGGCCCAGUGUGCUGCACAACACGAGCAUGAAGGGCGUGGUCACCUCCGUGGAACCCGGCACGCCCACGGUCCUGAGGUGGGCCAGGUCCACCUCCACCUCUUCACCUGUCCGCCCAGCUGCCACAUUCCCACCUGCCACCCACUGCCCACUUGGUGGCACCCUCGAAGGGGUCUACCCUACCCUCAUGGAGCCAGUCCUGUUACCCAAGGAGACCUCUCGGGUUACCCGGCCUGAGCGGCCCCGUGUGGACGCUGGCCAUGCCUUCCUCACCAAGCCCCCAGCCCGGGAGCCUGCCUCCUCACCCAGCAAGAGCUCCGAACCCCGAUCCCUAGCACCCCCCAGCUCCAGCCACACAGCCAUCGCCCGCACCCCAGCAAAGAGCCUUGCACCCCACCAUGCCAGUCCGGACCUGCCGGCGCCCACCUCGGCCUCAGAUCUGCACCGAGAAAAGACUCAAAGUAAACCCUUUUCCAUCCAGGAAUUGGAACUCCGUUCUCUGGGUAAGACCACCCUGACAGCGGCCACGUUCAUAGACGCAAUAAUCACGCGUCAAAUUGCUCACGAAAGGGGGCCGCGAGAAGGAGGUUCGCUGGCCAUCGACUCCCCUGGCGACGGUUACCACAGUGGAGCUGGCUACAGCCCUGAUGGGGUAGAGCCCAUCAGCCCCGUGAGCUCGCCCAGCCUGACCCACGACAAGGGGCUCUCCAAGCCUCUGGAAGAGCUAGAGAAGAGCCACUUGGAGGGGGAGCUGCGGCACAAGCAGCCAGGCCCCAUGAAGCUCAGUGGGGAGGCUGCCCACCUCCCACAUCUGCGGCCACUGCCGGAGAGCCAGCCCUCAUCCAGCCCACUCCUCCAGACUGCCCCAGGCAUCAAAGGUCACCAGAGGGUGGUCACCUUGGCUCAGCACAUCAGUGAGGUCAUUACACAGGACUACACACGCCACCACCCACAGCAGCUCAGUGGCCCCCUUCCCGCCCCUCUCUACUCCUUCCCUGGAGCCAGCUGCCCUGUCCUGGAUCUCCGCCGUCCACCCAGUGACCUCUACCUCCCACCCCCGGACCAUGGCACCCCAGCCCGGGGAUCCCCCCACAGUGAAGGGGGCAAAAGGUCUCCAGAACCCAGCAAAACAGUCCUGAGUAGCAGCGAGGAUGCUAUUGAACCUGUGUCCCCACCGGAGGGCAUGACUGAGCCAGGACAUGCACGGAGCACUGCGUACCCACUGCUGUACCGGGACGGGGAGCAGGGGGAGCCCAGGAUGGGUUCUAAGUCUCCAGGCAACACCAGCCAGCCGCCAGCCUUCUUCAGUAAGCUGACCGAGAGCAACUCCGCCAUGGUGAAGUCGAAGAAGCAGGAGAUCAACAAGAAACUCAACACCCAUAACCGGAAUGAGCCUGAAUACAAUAUCGGCCAGCCUGGGACGGAAAUCUUCAACAUGCCCGCCAUCACUGGAGCAGGCCUUAUGACCUGUAGAAGCCAGGCGGUGCAAGAACACGCCAGCACCAACAUGGGGCUAGAGGCCAUUAUUAGAAAGGCACUCAUGGGUAAAUAUGAUCAGUGGGAAGAGCCCCCGCCGCUCGGCGCCAAUGCUUUUAACCCUCUGAAUGCCAGUGCCAGUCUGCCCGCUGCCGCUAUGCCCAUAACCACUGCUGACGGACGGAGUGACCACCCACUCACCUCGCCAGGUGGUGGUGGGAAAGCCAAGGUUUCUGGCAGACCCAGCAGCCGAAAAGCCAAGUCGCCAGCGCCAGGCCUGGCACCCGGAGACCGACCACCUUCUGUCUCCUCAGUACACUCGGAGGGCGACUGCAAUCGCCGAACACCACUCACCAACCGUGUGUGGGAGGACCGGCCCUCAUCUGCAGGGUCCACGCCAUUCCCCUACAACCCUUUGAUUAUGAGGCUACAGGCAGGUGUCAUGGCCUCCCCACCCCCACCUGGCCUUGCCGCAGGCAGCGGGCCCCUAGCUGGUCCCCACCAUGCCUGGGAUGAGGAGCCCAAGCCACUGCUGUGUUCACAGUACGAGACACUCUCGGACAGCGAGUGACCACAGAUUGGGGGGGAGCGGUGCCAGGUCCCUGCACGAGGCAGAAGCAGCCCAGCAUGGAGCAGACAGCUGCCAACUCCCCCGACUGAGGAAGGAGCCCCUGAAUCUGCCUGCGCGUCCAUCCGUCCGUCCGUCUACUCAUCUGUCCAUCCAGAGCUGGCAUCCUGCCUGUCUAAAGCCUUAACUAAGACUCCCGCCCCGGGCUGGCCCUGCGCAGUGACCUUACACUCAGGGGAUGUUUACCUGGUGCUCGAGAGGGGAGUGGACAGGAGGGGAGGCCAGCGGGCCGGGAGAGGGGUACAGUGAUCGUGUGUCAGUUGCACGCGUGCAUCUGGGGCAGCGGGGACCCAACACAGGAUGACCAGGCACCUCCAUGCCACUGCCUCGCCCCUUACCGCAUUUGGAACCAAAGUCUAAGCUGAGCUCGCGGCCCUGCCCCUCCCUCUGCCCCCAGCCCGCUCGCGCUCUGGACAGACAGACGUUCCCAGCUUAUCCUGCCCCAUCGCUGUCAUCGCAGUCCCCAAAGGCCACCCAGCCCACAAGACUGGGAGCCCAUCAGACCAGGUGGGUGCACAAAGGGCCGGGUAUGGCCUGGGGCACGGAUGUUUGCAGGAACCGGACCGUUCAUUCCCGGCCUGUCGCUAUGGCGAUGGCGGGGAAGGCAGGUGUAAAUGGUGUUGGCUUACAGGGUAUAUUUUUGAUACCUUCAAUGAGUUAAUUCAGUCGCUUCACACAAGGAAGGACUCACCCGUGUUACUGCCGCUGUGCUUUGGUCUCUGCUUCCUGUCCCAGAGGCAUGUGCCGGCCAAGGCGGUGGCCCCACCAUACGCAGGACUGGGGGGCAGGGGCUCCGGCACACGGCACUGUGCCCUCCCCCUCCCUUCCUUGGGCAGAAUGGACUUGAUGCGUAUUCUGUGGCCGCUCUCUGCACGGCGGCAUUCUGUCAUUUACACAUGUUGUUCCAAUUAAAAGGCAAAUUAUACUCCA